AUGGAUGCUGUAGGACAGGCAAAGAGGAAUGGGCUGGCAUGUGCCCAGCUCUGCCAGACUCCCUGCUAUUGCCCUUGGCUCCCUCCCCGUUGCCCGCCAGGCUCCCCCCUGGUUCUGGACGGAUGCGGGUGCUGCAAUAUAUGUGCUCGCAGGCUGGGAGAGCCCUGCAACCACCUUCAUGUGUGUGAUCAGAGCCAGGGUCUCGUCUGUGACUACAGCACUGCUCCUGCCGGGAGAAGAGGAGAAGGCACCUGCAAUUAUGAGGAGGGAGACGACAGCUGCGAAGUGAAUGGGAAGAUCUACCGGGAUGGUGAAGCCUUCCAGCCGACCUGUAAACAUCAGUGCUAUUGUUCAGGGGGAGGCGUGACAUGUGUCCCCCUCUGCAGUGAGGAUGUCCGCCUCCCCGCUCCAGACUGCCCCCACCCAAGGCGUGUGGAAGUCCCGGGGAAGUGUUGUCCUGAAUGGAUUUGUGAGAGACAAGACAGACAGGUCUUUCAGGAUGCCAUGGCAGCACAAAGACUGCCGGGGACAGCAUCGAUAGCUUUCCCUUUCCCAUGUGAAGAGUGGAGCACAGCAUGGUCGGCCUGCUCUACCACCUGUAAUAUGGGGAUUUCAACACGAGUGUCUAACCAGAAUAUGUACUGCAGGCUUGAGACUCAGAGGCGCUUGUGCUUCCUCAGACCUUGCUUAGGCCUUGUGAGAACUGCCAGUUUGAGAGGAAGAGGAAACCAGUUGUAAACUGAUCCACUCCAUUCAGAAGCUGAUAUAUUGGCCUUAUCCGGGCAGCCAGAUUGGCACAAGCCCAGGUUGCUCUUGUUUUGUGGUGAUGGAAACAUUGCCUAGGAACAGAGAAGAAGAAACGACCAGCCUUAGCUGGAAAGGUGCAAGAAGAUGAAAGACCAAACCGUCAUCAUGGCCGACAUGUGUCUUCCUCCCCUUAAUUCCACUGCCAUUACACUAGAAAAUGUUAUUGUUCAGUGAGAAAAGCCGGGGCAUAGGUUUUAUACUGUACAAUGCUGAUGUGUUUAUUACCAGCUUGUGGCUACAUUAUUAUAAAUCAACCCACUGGGAAGGGGGAGAGCAAGACAUGAUGCUUUGCAGCUGCCGUAAUUCAAGAAAACAUGUCCUGUUAUUCUCUCUGCGUUAUCUCUUCACUGAAAAAUUCUGGUGACCCAGCAGGUGAAAGAGCUGCCAUUUUUUUUCCACCAUAGGUUGUUUCUUAGAAAUAAAUAAACAAA